UCAAUGAUAACACAGUCGCAGUGUUUGUCGAGUGAAGUGAGUCGAUACAAUGGGAUCCGGCAAGAAAUAUCUAAGUAACCAGUUUAAAGGGCGCAUGUUUUACUUGGAACAUGAAGAGGGAUCAGAAUUUUACCUCAGUUCGCUUCAAAACAACCGCUCCGCUGUGCCACUGCUCUUGAUUAGGCUCGUAGUGUUCCUAGGAUGUGUUGGGAUACUAUUGUCGUCUAUAAUCCUCACCAGUAUGUCUAUAAAUGGCAAAUACUGGCCCAUAUACUUCACACAUUGGGGAUUAACUUUAAUUACUCUAUGUUCAUUUUUUGCCUGCUGGGUGUCUUUCGCAGCCUAUACUCGAGGACCUAUUGAUUGCACAUUCGGACUGCCGUGGUACGUGAAGGCGUACUGGUUCAGCUUCAACGUCGCAGUGCCGCUCGCAAUCUUCAUUACAGCAUUCUACUACACUUUCUUGACAGGUGGAGAUGAAGAGUUCGCAAUCGACCCGGUUCUGGACACCUUUAUCCACGCCGUGAACUCCAUCCUCAUGCUGUGCCUGCUGCUCACCGCUCAGCAUCCCUCUCACAUACUGCACUUCUACCACCCCUUGUGCGUGGGUCUGCUGUACAUGGCCUUCGGGCUCAUCUACUACCACGCUGGCGGGACCGACCCAAUGGGAAAUCCAUGGAUCUACCCAAACAUUGACUGGAGGGACCCGGGCCCCACUUCGGCGAUGGUGGUAGCCUCAGCAGUCAUGAUUCUGAUAGUGCACCUCGUGAUCGUGCUCAUAUCCCUGGCCAGGGACUGGUUCUCCCGGCGAUUCAUAAGGGAUACGAGGACUAUGUCCCUCAAUUCUUAGCAAUUAUAUAUUUAAAAUAAAUGCUCUCUAUGAUCA